AUGGCCACGAUAGCGACACAGCCCGUCGAGAAGCUCGCCUCGACGCUCGCGUCGCAGGGCCUCGACAUUGAAAAGACGGUGUCGCACCAGCAAGACCUCGGCAUCAAGGACGAUGCCAGCUCCGACCGCAAACAAGAGGGUGUCAAGGACAUUGAGGCCGUCACCACCAUCUGGGACAAGAGCGUGCUGUGGAUGAUGUUUGGCCUCCUCUAUCUCGUUUCCUUCUCCGACAAGCUUCUCGUAGACGUCCAGGGCAAUCUCAACCCCUACGUGACCUCCUCAUUCAACGAGCACGGCCUCACCCCGACGGUCAACAUUGUCGCCUCCGUCAUCGGCGCCACCUGCAGUCUCACCAUCGCCAAGAUCAUCGACGUCUGGGGUCGUGUCGAGGGUUUCGUCGUGCUGCUCGCCAUCAACCUCCUCGGCAACAUUCUCAAGGCCGUCUGCAAGAACAUGUACACUUAUGCCGCCGGCCACACGCUCUACUGGGUCGGCCACAUCGGUCUCCUCUACGUUAUCGACAUUAUGCUCGCCGACAUGACGACGCUGAGGAAUCGUAUCAUCAUCUACGGCCUUAACGGCACGCCAACGAUCGCGACCACUUUCGCCGGCCCCAAGAUUGCUGAGCUGUUUUACAACGAGGUUAACUUCCGCUGGGCGUUCGGUGCCUUUGCUAUUAUCCUUGUUGGCUUCUGCAUUCCCGUCAUUACUGUCUUGCUCUGGCACAAGCGCAAGGCUAUUAAUUCUGGCCUUAUUUUGAAGGAAUCCUCUGGAAGGACUACGAUCCAGUCCAUCUGGUACUACGUCAUUCAGUUUGAUGUUGGCUUCGUCCUCAUUCUCCUCCCCUUCAACUUAGCCUCUAACAUUGGCAAGGGCUGGGGCGAGGGUCGCAUGAUUGCUAUGGAAGUUGUGGGUGUCGUUCUGCUCGUCGCCUUUGCUCUUUGGGAGAAAUACUUGGCUCCCGUCCAAAUGUUCCCGUUCAAAUUCCUCACCGAUAGGACUAUUAUUGGCGCUUGCUUGCUUUACUUUUUCAUGUUUGUUUCCAUCUUCUGCUGGGAUGCGUACUAUAUCUCUUACCUCCAGGUUGCUCAUGACCAGAGUAUCAGCGCUUCCGGGUAUAUUCUCAAUUCCUUUGCCCUUACCUCGGCUUUCAUCUCUCCUUUCAUUGGCCUGUUGAUCCGAUACACCGGUGACUUCAAGUGGUUCUCCUACGGCGGUGUCCCCUUCGUCGCCCUCGGAACCACCCUCCUCAUUCACUUCCGCAAGCCCGAAACCCACGUCGGUCUCCUUGUCAUGUGCCAGGUCCUCAAUGGCAUCGGCACUGGAAUCUGGGCCAUGUGCGGUGAGCUCGGCAUCAUGGCCAGUGUUUCCCACCAGGAAAUCGCCGUCGCCAUCGCCAUCUUCUACCUCUUCGGCGGCAUCGGCGCUUCUGUAGGCUUCGCCAUUGCCGGUGGUAUCUGGGUCAACGUCCUUCCCAACCAGUUGAUCAAGCACCUUCCCGAUGACGCCAAGGAUCAGUGGGCGGAUAUUUAUGGCUCUCUUGUCAUUCAGCAGGAGUGGCCCGUUGGUACCCCGAUUCGCGACGGCAUCAUUGCUGCUUACGCUGACGUGCAGAGGAAGAUGGUUAUUGCUGGCUCGGCUUUCCUUCCUAUUAUGCUUAUCUGCAUCUUCUUGUUUAAGAAUAUCAACGUCAGGAAGCUUGAGGAGGAGAAGGGCAAGCAGACUAAGGGUAACGUCUUCUAA